AUCAACGAUAUGGCGACCACGGCGGCUGGCUCGCCACCCGCCAUAACAACGGUCGCUGGAAGUGCUCGAGCAUGCAGCGAGUCUUUCCAGAAUUGCCUCAACAAGGCCGCUCAAAUCCACCACCGUGAACUAUCGCUCGUGGAGAAUCAGCAUGCGAGAUUUGCCAUCUGGGCUGCCAAUAUCCGGGUCUUCAGUGCUGGCCGAGACUCUUUGGAUCACCGAUUACGGGAGGCGUUAGAUGUGCAAGAUGCUGUUAUUGGCCUUUUGCAGGCCUUGGACUACAAGGUCCAGAGUUGUUCAAACAUCCUUGGGCCGCUUGCCGAAAAGACUAAAGGGAAGCUUCUGGAAAAGGUCCCUGACGAUUUGGACCAGGCCAUAGAAGGUAUCAGCAAAGAGCUGACCCUUCUACACAAAAUCUCGAACACAAUCCGCCGUGCAAGCAAAGAGAAGCAAAAUAUCCAAGCCGAAAAGUCGUUCAAGAUUCAAGAUGAGGAAGGGAACGAUGCUGAACCAUUUCUCCGCCAAUUAUUUAGCACCCAGAUCCGAGACAGAUUCCCCGGAGCCAGUGACACCAUCCAGCAACGCCUCGCUAAUAGCAUGGUGCUAAGGCGGAAGCGGAUUUUGUACCGAAGAAAACGUUACGACAAGAAACCAAUUCGUCCCCCAGAGCUGCCAUUGCCCCCUACAGUCUCGGCUCCCAAAGUCAAACCCAACGUUGGCGUGCAAAGACAACCUGUCAAUCAGCAACCUGCACCAGCUCCUACUCCUAGCAUCGUCCCAUCAGUUCCGCAGACCGCAACAACCUUGGUUGCCGAGAAGUUCCAACAAGCCGCUGCCCCCUCAGUCAUCUCCGUCUCCAAGACAGUCGCCCUGAGCAGUCAUGACCAACUUCAGUUCCCACCUGCUCCGUGUGGUGCUCUUAUGAGAAGAUACCGGCGGUUCGAAAAAGAACAGGACGAACAGCUCAAUUUUACUUUGAGGGCUAUCCCUGGCUACUACGGACCGAAAAGGCCACCAGCCUCAUGGGCACGGGAAGCCAUAUUGGACGAGUACUGGGACGACUGUCUAAGAGCAGUGGGGGAAGUAGUCUGCCAGUUUUGCUUUUAUGCUCUUCCAGUUCGGGAUGUGGUCCAAGAGUCGAAAUGGAGAUUGCACGUCAAGAAUGACCUCGAUCCCUACGUAUGUCUCUUUGAGGAAUGCGACUCGCCCGAGCACCUUUACAAUCAUAGCGAUGCUUGGCUAAAGCACAUGAAACAGCAUGCUAUGCGAUGGCGCUGUACGUCCAAGUCACAUCCUGCAGUUGUGUGCGAUACAAAGGACGAGUAUAUCAACCACAUGAAGACGAGCCACGGGGGCAAAUUCAACGAAGCCCAGCUUGGAGUUUUGGCGGAUCGGAGCGGCCGUGUUACUGGCCCAUUAUUCACGUCUUGUCCUCUUUGCGGUGUGGAGGAUGUGAAAGGCAGCAUGGAAGAACACGUCGUUGGACACAUGCGCCUCCUUGCUCUCAAGUCGCUGCCGGCUGCCCAGGAAGAACAAGACGACGAGUCAGGCUCAGAUGAUAGUGCAGCAGCAUCAAAUCCACACACCCGAAGCACAAUCGAUAAUGAUCGCGAACGAUACACUCCAUUCGAUCCAGACGACCUCUUUCACCUGCUCAAGGUGGAUAGACAACAGGAAGAAGCCAUUCCAUUCGUCGAUGAGGGCAUGAAAUCCACCGGUAAACUCGAUUCCUCAGGGAGACCAACCUUUUGGGCGGAUCCAGAUUGUGCUAUUUGCCUCGCGCCGGCGUCGGUGGAAUGCGACUGUGAGGCAAAAGCCCUCGACGUAGCUGUAAGGCAGCAAGAGGAAAGGGUCUUCGAGCCUAUGCGCAAACGGGCGCGAGUCUGGGCACGUCAAAGAGCACAAAACUUCAUAACCAAAGAGUUCAAGACGUAUGUAGAAAGCGAAGACUUCAAAACGUACGUUGAGACUGGAGGGUCGGCUUCCGAGGGCCAAGACGCCGCGUUGGGUCGUUCCAGACGGGAAACCAAUGAAGCUUGGGCGGCCAAUGUUCUACGGUAUCCCCAGACACUUGAGCACUUCUUUGGUCUUGUGGAGUAUUCGCUUCCAGCGCACGACGAUCCUACGGUGAGAGAUCCGAAGCCCAGGCCCGCACACUCAAUAUUUCCGCGGCCUAGAAACCCUCCGAGAUACCGAGAUACUAGACACCGGACGGGUCUGCACAUGCGGCAGCAUACCCUUUCAGAAGGAGACGAUCCCAGAGUGAAAGAUGGCCCUCUAAGGCCCUAUUCCAGAGCCCCGAUACUUACUAGUCAUGUAGAGAAUGAUAACUUGGAUAUUGGGAGCGAGGAGUCUUAUAUGGACGAGUCUGACGACGAUGGUGACGAUGGUGAGGAUGAUGACGAGUUUGACGAGAUGGUACGGAGAAAGCUUGCAGAAGCCGCUGCCAGCGAAGAAGAAAUAACAACGCCACAUACCAGUUAUGUUCAAGACGCCAAGGAAGAAUCGGAUGCCUCAGACUCCAUCCCGGCCAACAUCGAAAGCAAGCGUGUCUCCUCCCCACGCUAUACCAGCGAUGGAGAGUAUCACACAGCACACGUGAGUUCCAGUCUCUCCGUUUUGCAAGCUUUUUGA